AAAAGAUAAAGUCAGAAUAGCUAAUGUAAGGAAAAUGAUUCCAUCUUCUUUUCAAAUAGUUACGUUAUCCCAUUGAUAUACAAUACAUUUCACCUCCGAGUUAUUAUCAUCCUCUAAAACUAACAAAAACAUUGUACAUAACACACUAUUCACCUCUCUCUUGCUCUUGUGUCGUUGUGCUAUUUAUUUGAGCUCUCGUACUCUAAGUUAUUACGUUCAUCCUGUAUCUGUUUCUCAAACCAAACAAACAAACAAACAAAACAUGCCUUUGAGAAACAAUAUAAUCGGUUGCAUAAACUUCAUCGCCGUCCUCUUCUCAAUUCCGAUCAUCGGCGCCGGAAUCUGGCUCACCACCGGAACAGUAAACUCCUGCUUCAUGCUUCUUCAAUGGCCAGUAAUAAUACUAGGAAUCUUGAUACUUCUUGUGGGUCUCGCUGGUCUCAUAGGAGGGUUCUGGAGGAUCACUUGGCUCCUCGUUGUUUACUUAAUUGCCAUGCUUGCUCUCAUCGUACUUUUAGGUGUUCUUGUCGGAUUUAUUUACAUGGUUACCCUCAGAGGCUCUGGUCGUCCACAACCAAGCAGAGCUUAUCUUGAGUAUAGUCUUGAAGAUUUUUCUGGUUUCUUACGUCGACGAGUUCACAGAUCUUAUAAAUGGGAAAGGAUUCGAAGUUGUCUGAGUACUACUAGUAUUUGUCCUGACUUAAACCAGAGGUUCACUUUGGCUCAAGAUUUCUUCAAUGCUUAUCUUAGUCCCAUUCAAUCUGGUUGCUGCAAGCCUCCAACAAAAUGUGGCUACACGUUCGUGAACGCUACAUACUGGAUAAGUCCUAUAUCAUUGCAUGUAGAUAUGGAUUGUCUACAAUGGAGCAAUGAUCAAAACACUCUGUGCUACGGUUGUAAUUCCUGCAAAGCUGGUUUGCUCGCAAAUCUCAAGAUAGAUUGGUUAAAAGCAGAUAUUUUUCUCCUUGUGGCGCUUAUCGGGUUGAUAAUCAUUUAUAUAAUCGGUUGCUGUGCAUUACGAAACUCGAGAAGUGAGGAUAUUUUCAGAAAGUAUAAGCAGGGUUAUACAUGAUACUCUGAUACGGAUGGGAAAUUAAGUUGCAAAACUGUUGUGUCCUAAUUUAGUGUCUUUACGUUUUGACCCAUGUAGUCUUUUUUUAAUUUUAUAUAUAUGCACUACCAGAACAUUUUGUGUAACUGGAAGAAUCUUUUGUAAAUAUCUUUGGUUUGGGUUUGCAAAAUUUCGCAUUUGUUAAUAUUAUUAUUAUUAUAUUUGAGUCUGAUAAAAUGAAAUGGGAAUGUGAGAACCUUUUAUGUUGUGUCUUGUAUUACUCCUUGUCUAGCCUCAUUUGCAUCAUCACAUUGAGAAUAUACAAGAAUAUAUACACUUACUAAUUAGAUGACUACAAACCAAAGGCCCUCCUUUGGAGUAAGACCAAUGUUAAAACCAUUUAUGUUGUGUCUUGUAUUGAGCUACUAUCUCUUUUCAGGAUGUCUAAUAUAGAAUAAGAAGCCUUGGAAUGUAACACAACCUCCUGCUUCUUUGCGAUCUAAACUCAUUGCAGUAGAGAUCGGUGAGGGAUACCCUUUCUUGGUCUUUUUCUCAAA